AUAACAAUAUUUCGUGUUCAUUUGAAUAUGAUUAAAAAGAAUAAAAAUGAUCUUUAUAUAAAAACUUAUAUUAUUGCUGAUCAUCAACAGGAAAAAGCAUUUAAAAAAAAGACAAAAAUUAAACGACCAUUGAAAGUUGAAACAAGUAAUGGUUCAUUAUAUGAAGUAGAAUAUAAUGAAAUAUUAAGAUUUCAAGGAAAAUGGCGUGAAUUUUCUUCUGGACAAUUAAGUGUAAGUAUUUGGAAUAAUGAUACAUUUGGUCGAAAUAUGUUACUUGGACAAACAUUAAUACGUUUGAAUGAUUCAGUAAUGUUGAAUUCAAUUCAAACAAGAAUUUGGCAUGAUCUUUAUCAACCAACAAAAAUUAAAUGUCAAUCAGUUCAUGUAAAAGGUAGUUUAUUUGUUGCAAUAAAACAUGAAGAUUUAGCAAUGUCAUCAUCAUCAUCAUCAUCGGUCAUCAAUGAUGAAAUGAAUUCAGGUUCAUUACAUGUUCUGAUCAAAGAAGCUGAUGAUUUAAAUCUAACACAAUAUAACAUUAAUGGCUAUUCAUAUUGUAAAGUAAUGCUAAAACCAGAACGUAACAAAGAUGAUCGCCAAAAAACUAAAACAGUAAAAAUGGGACAAUGUCCACGUUGGAAUGAAACAAUUGUGUUCAAUAAUAUCAAUAAAAUUGAUAUGAAUGUUAAAGAAUUAGAAAUUGCAAUCAUGUGGUUGGAUAAAUCAUCCAAAACAUAUUUGGGUAGUAUUCGUUUAACUAAUCAUGAAGGUGCAAGUAAUGAAGAACGAAAUCUUUGGCGACAAUCAAUCGAACGGCCAAAUCUUUGGGCAUAUGGAAAAAUUCCAUUGCGUCAUUGAA